AUGGCUGUGGCAAAUUUCCACUACAUUACUCGGAUGAGCAGUGGCUUCAAGGUCUACAUUUUAGAAGGUCAAUCUCACCUCAGAAGUGAAGACAGAUACAGACAUAUCACAAAUGACCGGGCUCGAGCCCCAACAGUGUAUCCAGUCAAGCGCAAGCGCAGCCAUGAGAGGGGUCUCACUUUGGAGGAAAGGCGAGAGCGGGCACUGAGCCGAAGCAAUGGUAAAGCUGCCCAGAGAGCGGCUCCGGCUCCAGGACCAGCACCAGCACCAGCUGUGUUUAACAGCCCACAAAGUCCCACGUCUACCUGGAGUCCAGCACCCAGUCCCACCAGCCCUGUACCCACCCAUGUGUACUACUCCCCAGUCAUGGAUGAACCCCUUGCCCUCAUCAAGAAACCAAGAAAAGACCCUGAAAACAAAGAGGACAAGACUAGAAGCACUGCUACCAAUCAAAUACAGAUGCGCCCCUCUGUGAUCACUUGUGUCUCCUCAUCAAGAAACCCUUCCUGCAGAUCUGAGGUCCACAGGAGCCACUCAUCAGGUCGGUCUCACACCUUGAUUUCCAAAAGCAAUUACGACCAUGUCGUUGAGGAGCAUUUCCAGAGGAGUCUCGGAGUGAAUUACCAGAGAGCUCGUGCCCAGCAGCUCUCCAUCAGUGUGUCUGUGGAUGACCACUUUGCCAAGGCCUUGGGAGACAAGUGGCUGCAGAUCAAAUCCAAGUCUUCUUCCUGUUCCUCCACUCCUCCCAGCAGUCCAAGCGUUACUCACUCCCCCACCUACAGCCACAGCCCAAAUCUGUCCCGCAAAGAAUCCACCAGCAGCUCAUCGCCACCCUCCAGCCGCUGGUCUGUCAAUUAA